AUGAUAUUUGUUGGUAUCAAUUAUCAAUGCGUUAUGUAUAGAUGCAUACCACUAGCUAUCGAACAUGAUUCAAUACUGAAAUCACUUAAAUAUAAUAACUACAAUAACAACAAUAACGACAACAACUACAAUAAUUACGAUAAUUACGAUAAAUCCAAAAAAUACAGUGAAUACAAUGAAUACAGAAAAUACAAUAAAUACACCCUUCUUGCUGUCUCUGUUUACGGGAGCCCAUUGGACUUGGUCAAGAGGGAUGCCAUGGCCAAUGCUGAUGCCAAUGCUGAUGCCAAUGCUGAUGCCGAAGCAUGUCUCCUUGGUCUUUGCAAUGUCGUUGGGGGUGUCACCAACACUGUUGGCAAUCUUGUUGACGGAGUUCUUGGUGUGGUUGACAACUUGGUGUACACUUUAUUUGGAUGUGGUGGUAACUUUGUGAGUUGUUCCACCGGAACCUGUCCAGUGCAACUCAGCUCCAUCUUGAGCAUUUUGAAAUUGAAUCUUGACUUCAAAGCCAUCUUGGGCUACAGUCCUCCAGCUGGAUACAUACCUGCCACAGGCCUUAUCAGAGACUGCUGGGGAUACGUCUACAACCAAAACACGUUCAACAUCAUCAAGGCCACGCCAGUAUUCGGAUUCACCAUCACCAACAACAUCAAAGUUCCUAUUGCUACUACCCGCUACAAAAGUGGCACCAAGACCAUCACUGAAUAUGUUCCAUGCACACAGUGUGCCCAAGCUACUCACACCACAUUAGCUCUUGAUUAUGCCGGUGAGUUCUGGGGCGAAGGAUGCAGCCAGGUGGGCGACAAGUUGGCUGAAGUUGUCAGCAAGCCAGUGAAAAACAUCCAGAAAUGGGGUGUUGUGUUUGACCAGGACAACAAGCAAAUUCCAAUCUACGGGUUCACCAAGAUCGGCAAGAGACCUGUUCCAUUAGUCACCAAGAUUGUGAACAGAUCCACCUACACAGUUCCAUGCACACCAUGUCUUCGUGCCACCUCGACCUCGUUGUCGUCGCAGUACACGUCGUACACCACCACCGGGGCCACAUAUGCUCCAUGCGUUGAAAUUCCUACUCCUCACUGUUCUGCUAUCAAUUAA